AGCGGUUCGUCUAGUGUGUCUCUACAAGAAUCGGAUUGUUUGUGUGCGUGAACUGAAUUCAUUUAUUUACUUUCGCUACACAAGCCGCGCCUAAUACAAGCGUAGGGCCGUGAAAUUUGCUGUUGGAUUUUUUAUAAUUAAUUGGUGUUUGUGAAAAGGUGCAAUUAUUAUUAUUCUAUAAUGGCUGUGCGUUUCAUGGAUAUGUUAAAGCUCACCUUUAAGGUGCUCAGCUUUAAGUACGAACAGCGUCGCCUGACCACAGCCAUUUAUUCGGUGGUGAAAACCAAGCUGGGCAACGUGAAGGGCGUAAAACGCAACACCAUAUGGGGCGGCAGUUAUUAUAGCUUCGAGAAAAUUCCGUUUGCCAAGCCGCCCCUGGGCGAGCUGCGUUUCAGGGCGCCGGAGCCGGCGGAGCCCUGGGAACGGGAGCUGGACUGCACUUCGCCGGGCGAAAAGCCGCUCCAAACACAUCCCUUCUUUCGCAAAUUUGCCGGCUCCGAGGAUUGUUUGUAUUUGAACGUGUACGCUAAGGAUCUGCAGCCAGCGAAACCGCGUCCUGUGCUGGUCUGGAUCUAUGGCGGGGGGUUUCAGGUGGGCGAGGCCACGCGUGAUAUGUACAGUCCGGAUUUCUUUAUGUCCAAGGAUGUGGUGCUAGUCUCCAUAAGCUAUCGUCUGGGCGCGCUUGGCUUUCUCAGCCUCGAGGAUCCGGAGCUCAAUGUGCCCGGCAAUGCAGGACUCAAGGACCAAAUUAUGGGCCUGCGUUGGGUGAAGGAAAAUAUCGAAGCCUUUGGCGGUGAUCCCAACAAUGUGACCCUGUUUGGUGAGAGCGCAGGUGGUGCCUCCACGCAUCUGAUAACGCUCAGCUCCCAGACAGAAGGUCUGCUGCACAAGGCCAUUGUGAUGUCCGGCAGCGCUUUGUGCCCCUGGGCACAGCCCCCGAACAACGGUUGGGCCCUUCGCCUGGCACAGAAGCUGGGCUACACGGGGGCCAAUAAGGAUCGGGAGAUAUUUCAGUUUCUGCGCCUGGCCAGGGGCGGGGACAUUGUCAAGGCGACCGCGCAGGUGCUUAACAAGGAGGAGAAACACAACCGCGUGCUGUUUGCCUUUGGACCAGUCGUGGAGCCCUACAAAACUGGGCACACGGUCAUUGGCCAGUCGCCGUACGAGCUCAUGCAGCAGACCUGGAGUCGGCGUGUGCCCAUGAUGUUUGGCGGCACUAGCUUUGAGGGGCUGCUCUUCUAUCCAGAGGUUACUCGACGUCCUGCCACACUGGAUGAGGUGGGCGAUUGCCAGAAUGUUUUACCCAUUGAUCUGGGCGAGAAUCUGGAUCCCAAGUUGCGCGAGAAUUACGCACUGCAGCUGAAACGCGCCUACUUUGGCAAGGAGUCGUGCAAUCAGGCGAAUAUGAUGAAGUUCCUCGAUCUGGAAUCGUAUCGCGAAUUCUGGCAUCCCAUCUAUCGCACAGCCGUGGCCCGACUACGUCUGGGCAGCGCUCCCACAUAUCUGUACCGUUUCGAUCACGACUCCAAGCUCUGCAACGCCAUACGCAUUGUGCUCUGCGGCAAUGAGAUGCGUGGUGUGUGCCAUGGCGAUGAUCUCUGCUACAUCUUUCACAGCAUGUUGGCCAAUAAGGCGGCGGCUGGCUCAGCCGAGCACAAGAUCAUCUCUGGCAUGAUUGACAUCUGGACGAGCUUUGCGGCCAAUGGGGAUCCCAACUGCGAGAGCAUCAAGCAGCUGAAAUUUGCGCCGCUCGAGAGUGAGACACAGAUUCAGUGCCUAAACAUAGGACAAGACUUUGAGUUCAAGACGCUGCCCGAGCUUGACAAGCUACAUCUCUGGGAUAGUUUCUAUUCUAGAAAUAAACUUUAAGCUAGAUUAGAUCUGGGUUGUAAUUGGUUCUAUAGCUUUAGCUAACAGAUUUUGAGGCCUCGUUUGUAUCGCAUGUAAAUAUCUUGUAUAUAUUAAAAAUGUUACGAGCAUUUUUUAUAUUUAAACUCAAGUUUAUUUUUAUUUAUUCUGACGAGCUGUGUUUU